ACCCCUCUCCCGAGCUCCUCCCCUCCUGAGCACUUCCCCCACCGGCGAUGGGCAUGCUGCACCGCCCUCCCACCAGCGACGCCGCCCUGGGCGGCCCUCCCCUCACCGGCGAUGGCCGGCCUUCCCCCCCCCCCUGCGGUGCCGCCCCUGCGGGCCAACAAGGACGCGCGGGGUCCCCAAGGCGGGUGCCCUCUAGGCGCGCGUCUGCAGGGCCGGCCCCCUCUAGGGGCGGCGCACGGGCUCUGGCCACCGCCUGCCCUCCGGUAUCCACCUGCUUCACCCCGAGCACCAUCCCCUCUUGCUGCUCCUCCAUUCCGGUGCUCUCUCAUGCAUCCACUUGAGAUCCCCGAAGGGAUCAAUGAGAACAAUGCUGGUAAAGUAGUGGUUGAUGUUAGCUCCUUCUCAACUAUUGAGGAUGGUCGAUCUGUGUACCGGAAGGGCAGACCUUUGGAAUGGUGGGUAGAUUCAGAGGAGUACUCCAUCAUUGACAUGGAGAAAGAUGUUUCCGAACACUUUAGUUGGGCAACUAAUCAGGAGGCAAAUUUUUGGUUCACGGAUCAUAAUGGGCAAACAAGUCGCCUUGCUACUGAUCAUCAACUUCUAGCCUUGUUGCAGGCUUCAAAAGACGUCAAGUUCGUCAUGACUGUUGAUAGAUGUAUUGAAGUCACUUGACUGAAAUGGAGGAUCAAAGCCAAGUGAUAAAUGGUGAUGUGCAGGUUCAAGGCAUAAGUGAGGGGAAUGAGAUGUUUGACUCAAAUCGAGGUGCGAUUGUUGAAUACCAUGGCAAACAAUGGGCAAAGGACCCAGAACUUGGGGUUACAGCAGCUGGUCCUGCUAGAGUAGAGAGGGAGGAGCAGGAGCACUAUAUGGAGCAUGGUUUUGACCCUGAGGGAGAUGAUCCAAUUGGAGCAGAUGAAGAAUGGAGAUAUUUCAAGAAGCAAGAAAGGGUAGUAGAAGGAGGAAGUAAUGAGAAAGUGCAGCAGCAGCAGGAAGGGAUUAGGGUGGAGAAGAAAGGGAUGAUAUUUGAAGGUACAGAUCCUGAUGGUAUUUGAAGGGAGUAGAAUGAAGAGUAGAAACUUGAAGUACACGAUCAGAGGGAGUGGUGGACUAAAGGCUGAGGUAUCUGGAUUGACUAAGAACAAUUAUCCUUGGAGACAUGCUGUGGAUCUUGAAAUGAGAACAUGCUCAUGUGGCCAGUGGCAGAUUUCUGGUAAACCUUGCACCCAUGCUAUCUCUUUCAUAGGUUCGCUAAGAAAGGUUAAACUAGAGGACUAUGUGCAUAAUUACUACUCACUUGAGCAUUUCAAGGCUACAUAUCAGUUUGUGGUAAACCCAAUGGUUGACAAGUCAGAGUGGCGUGUGGCUGAUCCCGGGUUUCAGAUGUUGCCUCCAAAGCUAGAAAGGUCUGCAGGUAGGCCAAGAGUGAAAAGGAUCAAGAGUAGAGGUGAGCCAGGUAAAAGGGGACCUUACCAAUGCAAAAGAUGCUUCCAGUUUGGGCAUAUUGAGAAAGGAUGCCGCAAGCCACCUACUGAACUUGGUGCUGAAUUACCACCUUCACUUCCAGCCAAAUCUGGGAAGAGGAAAGGAGAGACUUCAAAAUCCAGGAAGGGAUCCAAGAAUACUUCAAAGAAGUCCAAGAAGGCUGGUGCAGCAACCACCUCCACUUCCUUGGUCACUCAAGCACCAGUUAGUCCGGGGCCAACAACAAGAAGGAUGACAGCUUCUACUUCUACUCCAACAAGACCUCUAGAUUCACCAUUGAGUCCAGGACCUACAACUAGAAGAAUGGCUGCACAAUUAGACAUAUCACCAGGAGGCAUUGCUUGAAAAAGGCUGCUGCUGUGUUGUAUUGUCUAGUGCAAAAUAGUCUGAUCCUAAAUUAGAUCUUGUUGGAACCGUUGAUGUACUGUAAUAAUCAUGUAUUGCACUGCUGGUAUGCUGAAACUAGACUAGGUUCUUGCUAUUUCUUUAAGACAUGAAGCACCUGUUGCUGUUGGUAAUAUUCAGUGAUUGUGUUGCUGUGUAGAGUGUUUUUGUGUUGAAAUGGUGCAAGUUUGAGCCA